AUGCUCCAGCCCAGCCCUGCCGAAGCCACGGAGCGCUUUCGACGGCGGGGAAAGGAGGAGGAUGCUGCUGCUGCUGCUGGGGGCUCUGUGGUCCAGCCAGCUGCCGCUCCUCCAGGCGGCGCCUCGCAGGACCAGCCCCAGGAUCCGCGCCGCCCCGGCAGGUUCUUUGCCUUCUUCUGGCAUAAUGAACCGCAAAUAGCAGUCUCCGCUACUAUUAACGGAGAGAAACGAUUCCUAUUCAACACCACAGAGGCACAUGUGACGCUCUACCAUAAAAACGGGACUUCUUCGGUCUUUGUGGGCGCCAUGAACAAGCUUUACUACUAUGAUUUUGAAACGUCCGAACACUACGUGGAACCUUUCAACAUAACAGAGUCCAACUGUGAAAAUUCGGCUCCCUGCGAUUAUCAGCUGGGCUCCAGGCCAAGUGUGGGCGGCUCUUCUGGGUCUGGGUUUUGCAAGAAACAUGCCCAGAACUAUCUCACGCUUGUGGCGAACUAUGAAGGGAAGCUGCUUGUUUGCGGGACCAACGCCUGCUCUCCAGCCUGUUGGAACUGGGUAGACAGGAAGAAAGAGCCAGGAAUUGAAGCCAGGGGACUGGCCCCCCAUUACCUUGAGCAAAAUUCCUUCGUCCUUUUUUACGGAGACUACAUCUACUCUGCCAUCAGUAAGAACGGGGGAAACUUGAUUCGUUUUCGCCGCGUGAGGGGGUCUUGGGAUCUGUAUUCUGGAGAUUCGCUAUGGAGCCACCCAAAACUGGUUCAAGGGGCUAUCAUAAAGAACGAAGAGGCGUACAAAGACAAAAUCUAUCUCUUCUUCCAAGAGGACAAUCCGGAGUGGCCCCAAAACCCGGAGGCUCCAAAGCGUAUCUCCAGGGUGGCUCAGCUGUGUGCGGGAGACGGGGGAGGCUCCGGAGCCCUCUCUUCCGCCAAGUGGUCAACCUUUUUGAAAUCCACACUGCACUGCUUUGACCACAACACCGACCGGCACUUCCACCUCGUGCAAGAUGUCUUCGUCGUCCACUCUGAGGACUGGGCCGAAACGAAGAUAUACGCGCUCUUUUCGAACGAGUGGGGCUAUUCAGCAGUCUGCGUCUAUUCUGUUGGGGACAUUACGAAGAUCUUCGAAACCUCGCCUCUCUUAGGUUUCACUGGUGGGUUCCCUGCUUUGAGGCCUGGACAGUGUAUCAAGGGAGGGAAACCGACUCCAUCUUAUACCUACAAAGUGGCCAACCGUCACCCCGAAAUGGAGCAAACGGUGAAGCCAAGAAACAUCUUAUUUCACAACAAGCAUCGCUACCAAAAGAUCAUGGUCCAUUCAGUCCAAGCAGCCAACGAGCAGAUGUACAACGUCCUGUACUUGGCUACAGACAGCGGAACCAUCCACAAGAUUGUCAAUUUGCCAGAUGGCCCCUUCAAUAUCCUGGAGAUCCAGCCUUUUCAAAUGCCUGCUGCCAUCCAGUCCAUGGUUCUGGACAGUACAAAGAAUGUGAUCCUUGUGGCUUCGGAGAAUGAGGUUGUUGAGCUGCCGACGGCCAUGUGUGAGGUUUAUAAGGACAACUGCGAGAGCUGCGUCCUGGCGAGAGAUCCCUACUGCGGAUGGAUCCCCGGGAGAUGCACCUCUGUUUAUACUACCAGACCUUCGUUGCAGUCUCUGUCCUAUGAAGUCCCUCAAGGGGUCUGUGCCUCCUCACCCCGCGGUGACGCAGAAGGGGACGCCUCUGUGAAGACUUGCACGGGAGUUCCCCCGUCCUCUCGCUACUACCUGAACUGCUCCCUUGAAUCGCAUCAUGCCGCGUACACCUGGCUCCACAAUAACAAAACCGUGGCGCGCUGUGACCCCGGUGUGGAUCCUUGCACGCAUUUCAUCGACCGAAUCUCUGCAGAAUCCGAGGGCAACUACUCCUGCGUUUCCCAGGAGGACUGGUUUAAGCAGAGGCUUGUGACUCAAUGCCUGAUUGUGAAGUUUCCUAGAAGUCAGCAGACGGCGCCGCCAGGAGAUUACCGGGUGGUCCCCGGCUUCCAGAAAAGUGAACAGCCAGAUCUUUCCCCUACAAAACUGAGGGAAUUUUACCCGCUGACUCCGCAAGGCAAUACGGCUACAAAAUCAUCUAUUUUAUUCUGGCUUGAACUACUUCAUUCGGUGAUUAUUUUCGUCGUUCUCAAAGGAUGA